AUAAGUACAAAACACUUUGAUGUAAUUUUUUCUCCGAUCAAUUUUUAUAAAUAGAACAUAAUUAUGACUAUUCAAAAAAAUUUCCAUUUUCUAUCUUCAGUAAUUUACAACCUUUACAAACACAGGUAUUUUUUUUAUAUCUUAAAAAAAGAAAAUCGCAGUUGUUUUCCUCCGGUAAAAACAUAACCUCAAAAAAAUGGCAAGUGGUUAAUAUUGAUGAAAUUGAAUCUUAUCGCUCUCUUAUCAUUUGAGAUUAUAAUUGAAUCCUCUUCUAUCGGGAAAGUUUGGAGAGUUUAUUAUUGACCACGUGUGUAUCUGACACAACGAUCGUGCUGGACGUAACCUUGAAAAGGCCACCCCAAAGCCCUCCCGAGUUUUCCCCCAGCUGCUCUCUCUCUCUCUGCUGCUGAAUUCGAUGAGCGCCCCCCGACAGCGUUCGUCGUGGGUGUAAGUUUUUUCUCCUUUUUUUGCAGAGUUACUUUUUUCCUCAGCUGUGCGUUAAAAGAUUUGCGAAUCUUUCUGACAACCCACUCAGAACAUAAUGUUGUUUGUGUCAAAAACAUAAAGAUAAACAAUUCCCACGACAGAGAUCAUCCUCUAGAAGAAAGUUUUUGUUGAAGGAAAACAUUAUAGGUUAGGUCGGAGUGUAUAUUUGCUUGUGUGUAUGUGAUUCAGUUCAGCAAUGUUUUCAUUUGUAAAUUAAGAUCCUUCGGGAUCAGGGAACACUGAUUGCACUAGGUUCUAGUGAGGAAAAGUAUGGUGCAACAGCGUCAAGUACUUCCUCGUCGUAACGUCAGAAUCCUCCUCGUUGGCGACCGUGGAGUUGGUAAAACUUCUUUAAUAUUAUCUCUUGUGAGUGAUGAGUACGCUGAAGAUGUUCCUGGAAAGGCAGAGGAAAUCACUAUACCCGCUGAUGUUACUCCAGAGCAAGUGCCGACGCGAAUCGUCGACUACUCCGCGGUGGAGCAAACGGAGGACCAGUUAUGUGAUGAAAUUCAAAAAGCGCACGUGAUAUGCGUUGUUUACUCUGUCGAAGAUGAAGAUACUCUUGACAGAGCAUCCUCUUAUUGGCUGCCACUUAUAAGAAAAUGCUCUACUACAAGUCGUUGCCCGGUUGUACUUGUAGGAAACAAAAUUGAUCUCGUUGAUUAUUCAACAAUCGAGGCUGUUUAUCCGAUUAUGAAAGAGUUUUCGGAAAUCGAAAGUUGUAUAGAGUGUUCAGCAAAGACGUUACAAAAUAUUUCAGAGAUGUUCUAUUAUGCACAAAAAGCGGUAUUGCACCCUACGACUCCUUUGUAUAAUUACGAUGCGCAAGAGCUCACUGAAGAGUGUCAAAAUGCAUUGAAGAGAAUAUUUAAAAUUUGCGAUUUGGACAACGAUGGUCUACUGAGUGAUAUGGAGCUGAAUGCAUUUCAACAAUGGUGCUUUAAUACACCUCUACAACCACAAGUGCUCGAAGAUGUGAAAGCUGUCUUAUCGAAAAAUAUAAACGAUGGCAUUUACAACGGAUGCGUCACUUUGAAAGGAUUUAUGUACUUACAAUGUUUAUUUAUUCAACGCGGUCGCAAUGAGACAACUUGGGCUGUUCUUAGGAAGUUUGGCUAUGAUAAUGAUCUGCAAAUGUCGAAAGAUUACGUUCAUCCUACGUUAAAAGUUCCUCUAGGAUGUACAACAGAACUGUCGCACAAGGGUCAAGAGUUUCUGACUUUACUGUUCACAAUGCACGAUCGUGAUCAUGACGGUGCUCUAUCGCCCGAGGAAAUGGAGUCUUUAUUUUCAAAAUGUAUCGCUCCACCCUGGGAAGACGAAUACAAGCAUACAGUUUGCACAAAUGAUCAGGGAUGGAUCACUUUUCAAGGAUACAUGUGUCAGUGGGCUUUACUAACUUAUACUAACGUUAAGAAAACUUUAGAAUACAUGGCUUAUCUUGGCUACAAUUUGUAUAAUAACGAGUCACCAACGAGCGCCGUUACCGUGACAAGGGAGAAAAAAUUAGAUCUCGCUAAAAAGCAAUCCAGUCGUAAUGUCUACAGUUGUCACGUGAUCGGUCCGAAGAGCAGUGGAAAAACGACACUUUGCAGGACAUUUGUUGAUCCUAAAAUGGAGAAAUUGACGGACGAUAAAGUACCUCAGAAUUCUCACGUUACUGUGAAUACGGUGCACGUUUACGGUCAAGAGAAGACAAUAAUCCUGAGGGAUAUAAACAUUCUUAACGUUCAAGAUGCCUUAACCCCUUCACAAAUCCAAUGCGACGUAGCAGCUUUGGUUUACGACACCAGUAAUCCAAAAUCGUUUGAAUACAUCGCCAGAAUUUAUAUUAAAUAUUUUGCCGAGAGUAAAAUUCCCGUUCUCAUAAUAGCCAACAAAAGUGAUCUUGCUGAAGUGAAACAAGAAUAUCUUCUUCAACCAUCGAGUUUUUGCAACAAGUAUAAAUUGAUGCCUCCACAGCCCUACAGUAUAUCUCGAACUGUGCGUCGAGAAAUAUUUGUGAAACUUGCGACAAUGGCAGCCUUUCCCCGCUUUCAAGCAGCGUGGGUAUUAUUUUACAAACACAGUCCUUUGCGACGUAUGGUCCACAUGUUACUUCUGAAACCCACACCUAGUCAAUGGUGGAAUUCGCUCACAAGACACAUGAAACACUUUGGACUGAUCCAGGGUGAAUCUGUCGUCUGGUGGAAAGCUGGAAUUGGAAUUGCUAUGGCUACUGUUGCUGGCUUUAUGGUGAUGCGUGUUCUCAAUACAGAUAAAAGAUAGUCUACCAUUUCUCGAUCCAAGAAACACUCGUUCAUUUAAUUCAAAUCCCAUCUCCUAUAAAGAAACCUUGUUAAGUUAAUAAAUAUGUUCAUAAAUCA